CUCUCUUUGCUUCUCCAAGGAAAAUGCUUUCUUCGAUCGAUCGAUCAUUCAUGGGCUACUGGCUGCUGGCGAUCGCAUCGUCCCUGCUUCUCAGCGAUCGCGCGAAUGCGAGAGCGUACCUGGUGGGCGACGAUCGUCACUGGGAUCUGGGCGUCGACUACGCGCAGUGGGCGAGCAAGUACAGCUUCGUGAUGGGGCAAGACUCGCUGGUUUUCAUCUACACUCCGCCCCGCCACUCGGUCCUCCAGGUCACGCAGGGCGAUUUCGAUGGCUGCAACAUCAACAAUCCCAUCGCCACCAUCCCGCCCAAUUCCUCCUUCGCCAUCGCCUCCCCAAAGGCCUACUUCAUCUGCGGCGUCCCCGGCCACUGCGUCUCCAAUCUCAAGCUCGCGAUCACCGCCACCACCACCGCCCCCUCGCGGAACAUCACCGCCACCGCCCCGGAAUUCUCCUCCUCGCCGCCGCCUCCGUCUCCACCACUCCUUCCACUUGUCGCCCUCCUCCUCGUGCUCUUUGUGCCCUAAAAGCAUAAUCAAGCAUAUUCCCGCAA